AUGUGUUUUAAAAGUUUUAUGGAUAGAUUUGUUCGGAGAGACUUAUUGGGGUAUGGAACAUAUUCAAUGGUCUAUGAGGGGUAUGACAAAAUUAACAAAACUAAAGUUGCCUUGAAAAUUAUUAAACUGUCUGAGGAGGAGGGAAUGCCAAACACAGCAUUAAGAGAAAUAUCGAUAAUGAAAGGGCUGUCGCACAAAAACAUUCUAUCUAUCCAAGACAUAUUACACAGUGAAUUAGAGCUAGUGAUUGUGCUGUCAUAUAUAGACACUGACUUGAAAAAACUGCUUCUCUCAGGAGUGCCCUUUAGUCAUAAAGGGCUAAUUAAGCAGUUGAUAGAAGGGGUUGCGUACUUACACAGCCAGCAGAUUGUUCAUCGAGAUCUAAAGCCGCAGAACAUUCUUGUAGAUAAAAAUGAAUGUAUGAAAAUAGCAGACUUUGGUCUGGCGCGCAGCCUGGAAAUUAAAAUGCCAUCGUACUCAUCAGAGGUGGUGACUCUAUGGUACAGGUCGCCUGAAUUAUUAAAGGGGGUUAAGGUAUAUGGGUAUUCGAUUGACAUUUGGAGUGUGGGCUGUAUAAUAAGUGAAAUACUAACAGGCAAUGCAUUAUUCUCGGGCACAGACAAACAAGACCAGCUAGUCAAAAUAUCUCGGUACAUUGACUUACAGGGCAGCAACCAGAUGGAGUAUUUGCUAAAAAUACAUGCAAAACAUGAUCCAAUAUAUUCUGGGCUGAUAUUUGAAUGCUUAAAAGAGAUGCCAGAGAAGAGAAUUACCGCACAAGAAGCAUUGAAUUAUCUCAAUCAAAUUGAAUAGCCAGACAAAAAUAACACAUAAACAUUAUGAUAGGAGUAAAUAGU